AUGGUUAAUGGUUACCGCAAUAAUGGAAAUAGUGCCGGUUAUAAUGGCAAUAAUAGAGGCCGCAAUAAUGUAAACAGAGGCCGUAACAACAACAACCAAAAUAACUAUAACGGCAAUAAUGCCAAUGUACGAGUAACCCAGGAUCAGGGAAACUCGCAACAGCCCUUAGCCAGCGACAAGGAGACGCAAGAAGCGUCAUUUGUGGAGACCGCAGCCAGCGGUCAGAAGGCGCAAGGAGCGCCAAGCAUCCGUGGCCGCAGCCAGCGGCACGAGGCGUCAGAGACGCCAUUUUGGACGCGCAGAGGCGCCGCCAUUUUGGAGCUGGGGAAGAUGCAGCAUUCUCCCAGGAAGAGUGCCCGGCUGAACGGAGGGGAAGCCACCCCUAUAACAACAGUGAGUCAACAGCCAGCCAGUAGUGGAGCAGGAACUCGGACGCGGGUGAACAUCACGGCGGCGUCGAUUCCUUGCCCGGCCACUACGGUGACUACAGUAGCUUCCCAACCUAGAAGUACUGCUGUCACAGCUGCGAGUUCAGUACUGGAGGUGAACCAGCCCCUCGCGUUGGAACUCAUGGAGAGGAUCGCAGCGUUGGAGAGGGAGCUGGAGAAGGCUAGAUCCCUGGAAAGUGUGAGCACCGCCAAUUGCGCGCCAACCGCAGUUGGCCCAAGCGCAGUUGGCGCCAACAGUGGAACGUCGGGGCGGGCGCCAUUUUGGAGCGGCCAGCCAAUACCCACAUCUAACGGAGAGGCCUUACAUAACGGGGUCGGGUCGGUGCCAUACAACGGUGACGGUGCGAGCGGUGCGGCCUGCACGCUGCCGCCAUCUUCGAGUGGACCGCCAUUGCUAACGACUAGCAACUAUUUUGUGGAGCCACUGUGUGCAACAGGUACUGCGCAGCCAGCGCAUGGACUCGUGCUACCGGGCGUGAGCAUCCACAAUGCGGCAACAGCACUUGUCGGAUCCUACGCCGCGACGACGUCGAGUGGAAUCCAGGGAGCAUAUGGGCCAAGGAAGCUUCCGGACUUGCCAAUAUUUGGAGGGCAGCCCGAGGAUUGGCCGAUCUUCAGCUGUGCGUUCGUGGAGACGACUCGAGCGUACAACUGCACGGACCUGGAGAACAACCAGAGGUUGUUGAAGGCGCUGAAGGAUGAAGCGCGCGAGGCAGUGAAGGCGCUAUUGAUUCAUCCAGGGAAUGUCAGCGCCGUGAUGGAGCAGCUGCGCUUUAGGUUCGGCCGACCGGAGCAGCUUAUACGCAGCCAGCUCAACAACGUGCGAGAGGUGCAGCCAAUUUCGGAGCACAAUUUGGCGAAGAUCAUUCCCUUCGCAACCCGAGUGAGUAACCUCGCGGCCUUAUUGCAGUCAGCGAAGGCGGAGCAGCACCUGGGGAACCCAACCCUCAUGGAGGAGCUUGUGGCCAAGCUGCCAACGAGCAGGCGAGUGGACUGGGCAAGGCAUGCUGCAACGAUUGCGCCCUUUCCCACUGUAGUCCACUUCAGCGCGUGGCUACAGGAGUACGCAAACGUGGUGUGCACGGUUUUGGACGUCGAGGGAAAGGAGCCGAGGCGUCGACUUCUACAUGCAAGCGUCGACCAUAAUGAAUGCGAUCAACAGGAUGAUCGGCAUGGAGGUUGUCCGAUCUGUGGAGGACAGCAUGGAAUAUUGAACUGCAGAGAAUUUAUUGGAGCUUCGCCACAGGAAAGGUGGAGCAAUGUGAAGAGGCAUCGGCUCUGCUUCAAUUGCCUGCGAAGCGGGCACAUGGCUAGAUCCUGCUAUACGCAAGGUGAGUGCCAGAUUAAUGGAUGCCGAAGGGAGCAUCACCGUCUGCCACAUGGUGCGGACGAGGAGCGAAGGCCGCUGCAGCGAGGUGGCUUCAGACGCCACGAAGGGAACCAGCAGCCAGCAGUUUCCAGAUGCAGCCCGGCCAGGAGGCCUUCGCUACGAGGUGGUCACAGGGACCAGGAGAGGAACCGGCAGCCAGCCGUUCCCAGCAACAGCCUGGAGAGAGGAGCUCCGCGUGAAGCGGGAGCGCCCAUGCAGAGGAAUUUGAGCUGCGUUGACGCCGAAGGAGGCCGUCUACUGUUCCGUAUACUGCCGGUUACGCUGUACGGAGCGGGGCGAAAGGUGGAUACGUAUGCGCUCCUAGAUGAGGGAUCCUUCGUCACGAUGAUCGACGACGAGCUACUAAGGGAUCUUGGAGUGCAAGGAGAGCGUUGGCAGCUAAAUAUCCAAUGGUUUGGAGGUAAGGCAACCAGAGAGCCUACCAACGUGGUGAGUCUGAAGAUAAGUGGAGUUGGAAAGCCCACUCGCCAUGUAUUGAAAAACGUUUAUGCCGUUUCGAGUUUGAGUUUGCCGAUGCAGACAUUGAGCCGACGAGAUGUCCAGGGCGUGCACAGGGAUGCGCGUCUGCCGAUGAAGCCUUACAGCAACGUGGUGCCGAAGCUGCUCAUCGGCCUGGAUCACGGACAUCUGGGGUUGCCACUUAGGACGAGGCGGUUCGCUCGAGAGGGACCGUAUGCGGCCGCAACCGAGCUGGGCUGGGUUGUGUUUGGGCCUGUAAGUGGGCAACCGACCACGCCGUCACCGAGGUCCUGCCUACUUGCCGUGUCAGUGGAUGACGCGGUGGAAAAGAUGGUGGAGGACUACUUCGACAUGAAGCCCGCGCCGCCGGUCGCAGCCAGCGACGAUGUUCGGGCCCAAAGGAUACUCGAAGACACCACGGUGAAAGUGGGGCGUCGCUACCAGACGGGAUUACUCUGGAAGGACGACCACGUUGUGCUGCCACCGAGCUAUGAGAUGGCGUACAGGAGGCUGGUCAACGUCGAGAAGAAGAUGAAGCGCAACAAGCCGUUGGCGCAGGAAUACGAUCGGAUUAUAAAGGAUUACGUGUCUAAAGGAUACGCGAGGAGGCUGCAGCCGGAGGAGGUCGCGGUAAGGAGCGAUCGCCUAUGGUAUUUGCCACAUUUUGGUGUCGAAAACCCAAACAAGCCCGGCAAGGUACGGCUUGUGUUUGAUGCUGCAGCCAAAGUUGGAGGAACCUCGCUAAACUGGGAGCUGGACAAAGGGCCUCAGCACUAUAAGCCUUUGCCAGCUGUGCUCUUUCAUUUCAGAGAGGGAGCCGUCGGAGUCUGCGGUGACAUUAAGGAGAUGUUCCACCAAGUGCUGAUCCGACCCGAGGAUAGAUGUUCCCAACGAUUCCUCUGGAGAGAUGGCGACGACGAGAGAGACCCGGAUGUCUAUGAGAUGAACGUAAUGACGUUUGGAGCAGCCUGUACGCCGAGCGCUGCGCAUUACGUGAAGACUAUGAAUGCCCUGAAUUUCGCUACAGAGAGCGAGGCUAUCAGCGUAUCUACCCGAGUGAAGGAGAUACACAAGGAUGCUGGAUUCGAAUUAUGCCAGUUUUCAUCCAGCUCACCCACCGUGGAGACGGCUUUAGGACCUGGUCGAGUCAAGAGCGUCGGAUGGGGUGAGGCUGAAGAGAAGAUCCUCGGAAUGCGUUGGCAAGUAGCAACAGAUGACUUCAGAUUCAACGUGGAGUAUCAUCGAGUGCCAAGCAGCGUCCUGAGUGGAGAUCGAGUCCCUACGAAGAGGGAAUAUUUGAGCCUGGUGAUGUCAACGUUUGAUCCCCUGGGAUUCCUGUGCUGCCUCAUGGUUACAGCGAAGCUGCUGCUGCGAGAGUUUUGGAGGCAGAAGAUCCAGUGGGACGAACCACUACCGGAGGAGUUAAGCAAAGCCUUUGCGAUUUGGCGCAAAGAGAUGGACGCCGUGGGACAGUUCCGAUGUCCGCGCCAUUAUUUUGGGCGUGGAGCAGUCCGGGCCGUAGAGUUGCACGUCUUCGUGGAUGCUAGUCAGGCAGCAUUCGCGGCGGUGGCCUAUUGGAGGGUCACAUAUGAGGACGACGACGUGCAGGUGAGCUUCGUGAGUGCGAAGACGAAGUGUGCCCCAAUGAGAACGAUGACGAUCCCACGGCUGGAGCUGCAGGCAGCAGUUCUUGGAACCAGGCUGAUGAACACUGUCAAGGAGGAGCACAGUGUGGUCAUCACGGACCUGGUGUUAUGGACGGACUCUAAGACGGUGCUGAGAUGGAUCGGCAGCACCCACCGCCGGUAUAAGCAGUUUGUUGGCAAACGAGUGGCGGAGAUUUUGGAGUCGUCGAAGGUUUCCCCAGCCGACAAUGCGGCUGAUGAUGCGACGCGGUCGCAGAAAGGAGUCGACCUUAGCCAGGAAUCAAGGUGGCUAAGAGGACCUGCAUUUUUGAGGCAGCCAGCAGCCAGCUGGCCGGGGCCUGAGGAAGGAACUGAGCGUGUUCCAGAUGCCCCUGAUGAAGAAGAGAUGCCCAGUGAGUUUGCAUUACUUGCGGCAGACGAUUUUGUUAUUCCGUUUCAGAGAUUCUCGAGCUUCAGUCGCCUGGUGAGGACCACAGCCUGGGUCCUACGGUUUGCGCGCUGGUGCCGCAAACAGCGAAACGAGCUCGAGGAAUACGGCCAUACUGCAGCAGAAUGUAAGGCCGCGGAGAACCUGUUGGUCAGACAGGCACAAUUGGAGUCGUUCCCCGACGAGAUGAGGUCGGCGGAAACUGGACAGGACGUCGCUAGAUCGAGCGACAUUCGAGGGUUGGUGCCCUACCUAGACGAGAACGGGAUUCUGCGAGCUCACGGCAGAAUUGAUGCCGCACUGUGCAUGCCGUACAGUGCGAGGAGGCCCGUAUUACUGUCACACAGGCACAGUCUGACAGAGCUGAUUGUGAGAGACUUCCACGCCAGGAUGAAGCAUCAAAAUGUGGAUGCUACGAUUGCGGAGAUCCGGACAAAGUUCUGGGUCACAAAGAUGAGGCAUGUGAUGCGGAGAGUCAUCUCAUCGUGCAACGAGUGCAAGUUGCAGCGAGCGCGGCCGAUGCCGCCGAUAAUGGGACCCCAUCCGGAAGACAGACUGGAUGCGGGUGGAUGGCCAUUCAAAUACACAGGACUGGACUACUUUGGGCCACUGCUGGUGACUGUGUCCCGUCACAAGGAGAAGCGUUGGGUCGCCUUGUUUACGUGUUUGACGACAAGGGCGAUUGACCUGGAGCUGGCGCAUGACCUGUCGACGGAUUCCUGCAUAAUUGCGAUCAGGAACUUCGUCUGCCGUAGAGGGCCAGUAUAUAGACUGCGCAGCGAUAACGGCAAGAACUUCGUGGGAGCUGACAGGGAAGCCAGGCGCUUUGGUGACGUAUUCGAGAUGGAGAAGCUUCAGAGUGAGUUGUCAAGCAGAAGCAUUGAAUGGGUUUUUAAUUGUCCAGCGAACCCGUCUGAGGGCGGAGUUUGGGAGCGCAUGGUGCAGUGCGUCAAGAGAGUACUGCGUCAUACCCUGAAGGAAGUUGCGCCGAGGGACCAUGUAUUGGAGAGUUUCCUGAUUGAGGCGGAGAAUAUUGUAAACUCGCGUCCGCUCACCCACUUGCCUGUGGAUGCGGACCAGGAGGCGCCGUUGACGCCAAACGAUCUACUCAAGGGAGUAGCCAAUCUGCCGGAUACGCCUGGAUUGGAUGCGGAGCUUGGUUCUACGAGGAAGCAGUGGAGGAUUGCUCGCCUGCUACGAGACCGUUUCUGGAGGAGGUGGGUCAUGGAGUACCUGCCUACGCUUGUGCGCCGCGAGAAGUGGUGCCGCCGAACGGAGCCCAUCCACCAGGGUGAUAUGGUCUUCGUCUGCGAUGCUGCCUUGGCCCGACGAGAGUGGCGCAAGGGCAUCGUGGAGGAGAUCUACAGCGGAGCUGAUGGAGUCGUCAGACGCGCUAAGGUGCGCGUGAACGACAACGGCCUAUCUAGGACAAUGAUGCGACCCGUCUCUAAACUUGCAGUUUUGGAUUUGAGUGAAGAGGUUCUUCACGGGGUCGGGGAUGUCGCGGAUCGAAUAUUGUUAUCGAUAGGCUAG